AGGGAAGCCGAGCAAUUCCCAGCUGCCGCUGUCGGUAGGUAAAUCAGGCAUUUAUGCAGACAAAAUUGUCAAAAUUUAUUAAAAAAGACAUUCGUGAGUGUUUUCUCGUGUAAAUUGUAUUUUCGAAAUUUGGUGAUUACAUUUGGUUAACGUGCUUGUAUAAAUCUUGAAGCAUAAAUUACCGACCGAUUACAUAUUAUCGAAGAUCUUAUGAUAAAAUAAAAAUACGAGCAAAUUCACCAUUCGAUUUGCCCACGGUAAUAAACGAUCAUAUCAAAAUGUGCAUGAGAAGAUUAUUCGAGGAUGAAGAAGUUGGCAGCGGUCUUCUGGAGACUAAUGCAAGUCAACCUGAUCAUCAGGAUCCCCACGAAGACAAGCUGACGAAGGCAAAAAAUCGAUACAUCAAACAGCAUGAAGAAAUGCUACUUCGUGAGGCUGAGAUUGCUCGACAAAAUGAAAAAUCUGAGCCAAUCAUUGUCCCAGUUGUUCACACAGAUGCACUAGCAAAAUGCACUUUCUACUACAGUGUGUUGAUCAAUCUUAUCUCCAAGUCAUAUUCAGCAUGGCAACACUCUCCAGCUUACAAAAUUCUUUUCUACACGACGCAGCCAGCUCACGUAAUAAUGAUUGCUGCGGUUCUUUGCGUGACUUCGGCUCUGGUACCAUCCACAGAACGUACCAACACAGCCGGUCAGCCACAUUCCCGCACAGCUUCCUUUAUUUAUCUUACUUCAUUCGUAAUCCACUUUGGCGCACAGAUAUGGAUGACUUUCGUAUCAGGCUUGACGUUAUACUUCGCAUUGCCAAGACAUUCGUUUGGAGAAGUUCAGCGCAUCUUGUUCCCGCGGUACUUCAGCUUAAACGCUUGCCUUAGCCUGAUAACGCUCCUGAUAUUCGUGAAACAUCAUCCUAUGAAUACUUGGGACACCGAAAUAGCAAUCCAGGUCUUCGGAAUGUCGGGUGCAUUCUUCUUGGAGCUGCUGAUACGUUUGUAUCUUACUCCGCCGCUGUUACGCCUGAUCAUACAAAAAAAUGCGCUAGAGCGUGCAGCAGGAGUAGGCACUGAAAUUGGUCGUCACAAUCCAGGACCAUUGAAGCACUGCCCGCACUAUUUAAUUAUUCAUCGUGCUUUUCGUCGUGUUCACGUAACCAUUGCUAUGGGGAACAUGGUUACUAUGGCAUGCACGGUAUUACAUCUUCAUUAUAUAUCUAGUAAAUUGUGCGUUUUGUAAAUUAGAUAUGAAACCAUGUAGAGAAGGAAGAUAUAAUUCAGUAGAAUUUCUCAGGCGUGUCGCUCACUAGUAUAUAGUGUAAACUAUCUCACAUAUCACGUUUGUAUUGAGAGCUAGGAGUGAUGGUCACAACUCUAUCCUAUGUAAUGGAUGUAGAUACAAUGUACAUACGCAAGUAUGACAGCAUUAAGACUGACAGUAA